CUGCCCGCUGCGUAUUUGGUGCCAUCUUCAGCAUGAGCACAACACCGCGACAACAAUGACCACAGAAUAGCAUUUUCCCACCCCGAAUCGCACUCCCACAUCCACCAUGGCCCUGGACAUGAACGAGCUGCUCACGGCAGCGGCCCACCACUGGCAGCAGAAUCGGCAUCUGUGGCCCAUGUACCUCCACCUGCUGCUCGCAGCCCUCUUUCCCAUCUACACUGGCGCACACGCUUCCCUCUCGAGACCCUCGUCAGCAGCCAAGCCGGAGAAGAAGAAGGAGAAAGAGAAGGAAGAGGGCGACAACGACGAAGAUGGAGAGGAUGAAGAAGAAGAAGAGACAAUCCAACAGGUUGAGGGCCUGACUCCCAGAGACGCCCUGAUAUUCCCGCUGAUGGCUGGCACUGUGCUCGCUGGUCUAUAUUGGCUGAUCAAGACGUAUGGUGCUGGCAUUAUCAACACAGUGCUUGGCCUGUAUUUCAGCCUGAUUGGCACUUACAGCGUGGCGAAGCUCAUCAACGACUCGUGGAUCACCAUGGCAAGUUUGAUCAUGCCCAGGUACUACAGCGAUCAAGGCAAGAUAUGGAAAGUGCAACACCACAUGCGUAGAGCAGUCGCACUGGGCAGCGAGUCUGCAACCAGAACCACACCCUUUGCUGGGCCUUUGGGCCGGCUCCCACUUCCGGCUCCUCUGCUGAGCUUCGCUUGGCGGCUACGAGAUGUAGUCAAGCAGCGAUAUCAAGUCAAGGGCUUUGCAAAGCACGUCUUCGAGUUCAAGAUCGUUGCCACGCGUCUCAACGCCGCAUCCGGUAUCCUCGGCAUUUCAGCCAUCAUCUACAGUCUCCUUGUUGACAAGCCUUGGUGGCUCACAAAUCUGCAAGGGUUCGGUGUCUGUUAUGGUGCAUUGCAGCUGAUGUCACCCACCACAUUCGCCACUGGAUCUCUGAUAUUAUCAGGUCUCUUCUUUUAUGACAUCUGGGCAGUCUUCUUUACACCCCUCAUGGUCACUGUGGCUACAAACCUGGAUGUACCGAUCAAGCUGGUCUUUCCUCGGCCACAAGACCCUUCCGCAGCGCCUGGAGAGCAACGAGCUUACAGCAUGCUUGGUCUGGGCGAUAUUGUGCUGCCUGGUCUCAUGAUUGGUCUGUGUCUACGCUUCGAUCUCUACAUGCACUAUCUGCGAAAGCAAAAACAGACUCAGAAACAGGUCUGCGAUGGAGACGUGUGCACGCUCAAGACUGAGGUCGAAAAGGCGCCAUAUGUGACUGUCAGUGGCAAGUGGGGCGAUAAAUUGUGGAUAAGAGGAAGUUCUCAUUUGGACCUACCUGCUGCCUUGUCGACCAGCUUCAACAAGCCCUACUUCUCGGCAUCGAUGAUUGGGUAUGUGAUUGGUAUGAUUGCAACACUAGUCUUCAUGUCAAUCUUUCGGCACGUUCAGCCAGCACUGCUCUAUCUCGUCCCAGGCGUACUAAUCAGUACCUGGGCCACUGGGCUCAUCCGAGGCGAGCUCAAAGAGAUGUGGAACUUCAGCGAAGCGAUCACUGGUGAAGCUGAAGACGACGACGAGAAGGAGGGCGAGACGACCACAGAGUCGAAGGGUCUUUUCGCUGAUCUUUGGGCUGAUAUAUUUGGAAGCUCGGAAAAAGAAGAGACGAGUGAGACGAAGAAGGGAAGUGAUGACAGUGAGUCCAACAACCCGAAACCUACCGACAGAGCAGAGACAGACCCAGACAGCAUAUUCUUCUUUGAAAUAUCGCGAUGCAAACGUGGUGCAGCCCCGGAGGCAGUCACCAGCGUCAGAAGUGCUUCCGCUUCUCGUGCGUCCAGCAAUCUGGAAGAUGAGGAUAGUGUCCUAGUAUCUCGACCAGACCCGGACGCCGAGGAGACGCAACCUCGCUUCCGCGUUGUCUCCACCCAGCAAGGCACAGCGGAGAAGCACCAACGUCUUUCGUAGGUACCUAGAUUAGGUAGCGCUGUAAUUUGAAGCCAG